GAUGCAAGAAAGGGAGUUUGGGAGUUCGGACAGUCCAGAUGAAAUCCAAACAAUUAUAAAGCAAAUGGACGAAACCAGUGAUUACAUGCUCACUACCAUCUCCAGUAACAACUGCGUCUGCUCUGCACGUCCGGCAAAGGAUGAUGGAGGAUGACUGCUGCCUCGUAGGGUUUAUUUGAUUUUCUUUUCCUCGGCUGUCUCCAGUAGGACUUCCGGGUGAGGCUGCAGAGCUGGUCAGUGAAUGCACCAGCAGAGGGAGACCAUGUCACAUGACAGUGCUGGAAACGAUGCUCUGCUGCUAUUUACCCCUUUUCUCCAGAUUUUAAUUCAUACAAAUGUGUUUCACGUGCACCAGAAGCCCUGCUCCCAAAGAGAGGCGGCCCUGUUAAAAUGGAGGAGCCGACUCUGAUGGCCUUGCUGGAGUGUCCUCUGUGUUUCGAGCAGCUGGACGUGUCAGCCAAGGUCCUGCCCUGCCAGCACACGUUCUGCAUGCCCUGCCUGCAGAGGCAGGAGGCGACGCGCUCCCAGCUGCUCUGCCCGGAGUGCCGCGCUCCUGUCCCGUCCAGGACGGUGGAGGAGCUCCCUGCCAACCCUCUGCUAGUGCGGCUCCUGGAGGGGCUCCGGGGCUCGCCGGGACCCAGCAGGGACAGGCAGACAGCCCGCUAUGCCGCGCCCUUGUCCAGGGGCGGCUUGAGAGUCAGGGAGGGUCAGCAGCAGCAGGAGAGUCAACGCAGAGAGAAGCAAGGGCACAGUGAGCUUGCUCUCAGAGCUCCCGUGCACAACAAAGGCGGUGAUUCGUCAGGAGAGCUGGCGCUCGUGCCUGGGAACAGUAUCACCCCGAAACACAAAGUGGAUGAGAACUGGCACCACGGAAAUGCGGGUGACAGCAGCGGUGCGUCUGUGAUCGCCAGCGCGCUGCAAGCGGUCAGCCAGAUGCCUCAGCUGCAGCCCCUCCAGCAGUCCCAACCUCCGGCUCUCUGCAAGGCCCUGUACGACUUUAACCCCGAGGAGAUGAAUCUGGAAGACAGUAGAUGUUGUCUCGGCUUCCUCAAGGGAGACAUCCUCACCGUCAUCAGACGGGUGGAUGAACACUGGAUCGAAGCCAAGCUAAGGGAGAAAGUUGGAGUUUGCCCUCUGGAGUUUACAGAGCUCCUCUCUCAGCACCAGUCAACCCUUCCUGGCUUACUGGCUGGUACUUAUGCUCCUGUCUGCCUGCCUCCCUGCCUGCCUGUCCAACAAGUUGUAGGGCCAAACUCAGUCGCUGCCAAACUGCUAGAGGGAAAGAAUCGGAGGGCGAGUGACUCAGCAGAAUUUCACCAUCAGACUGGCAGUGGGGGCAAAGACAAGGCCACUGACGUAUCAAACAGGACCACCCAUUACGGAGUCACUCAAGUCCCCGCAAAGACACCCAUCACCAAUGCUUUGCCCCCCUCCAACCAGCGGAAACAGCCCGCAGCCGGCAGCAUCAACUUUUAUCAGACGACCAAAGGAGAGACGACCAGCACCUUCAACAGCUUCAGCCGUCAGGGACCGUCACACCGCCUCCCUGUGUCUGCUGCCGCCCGGGGCCUCUCUCACCCCUCCAGAGUGAACUCUCAGCGAAUUAGACGCCACUCUGACACUGCACACAGACACCUGUUACAGAGCGAGAAGAAGAUGACCAGUGAGACUCCACCCACCAUCUCUAUGGCCCUGGUGAACCCCCAGAUGACCUCUUCCUCUGCAGACGCCAAAAACUCCUCCACUCAGCAGCUCUCCAUCAGUGUGUGUGCUGUCCUGUACUCCUACAAACCACGACGGCCGGAGGAGCUGGAGCUGAGGAAGGGAGAGAUGGUGGGAGUGUACGGAAAGUUCAAAGAAGGCUGGCUGCGUGGGUUAUCGCUCAGAACGGGCAAAGUGGGCAUUCUGCCCAGCAACUACAUCUCGCCUGUGCUCAGAACUUCGGCCAGACUCCUGGAGACCAAAGCAACGAAUGCGUCCUCACAGCACAAUACGAUAACUGGAAAGAAAACCACAGCUGCCAAGAGUCCUGCUGUGGUCCUUGCUCUUGAUAGGGUAAACACUGAUGGAACGGUGUACUCAACAGGACAGGUUCCAUCUGUGCCAAAUGGAGCACAGCAUGCAAUGUCAUCCACUGGCGCUGGAAAACCGUCCCUCUAUGGGGGUGCACAAGGCUGGGACACUGUGAGGCGCAUCUUUAACCCUCAUAGAGGCUCAAACCAAUUCUCCCAUACGUCCAACUUGAACGUCCCGUCCAACUCACAGCAUUUUGCACAAGUUCAGGCGUCCGGCUACUCACCGGCCCUGCAGAGGAAGAAAAACAGCAGCUUCCUGGGCUGGAUGACUGAGCCAGCAGCGCCCUCUGCUGCUGCAGUCUUUAAGGACAGAGACUUUACUGCCUCACAUGAGGCAACAUUUCAGCAUGACAGACAGCCUUCCAAUGGGCCUCACUCAAUUCUGGUCAGACCUGACUCUCACAAGAACACUAUAGACAAGCCGGCAAAGUCAGUACGGUUUCUCACAGAUGAAGACUCCCCUCCUCCACGACCUCAGACUGCCUCCUGUUCAUCAGGAAACCAGGUUCCCUCCAACUGCCGCCCUGGCCCUGCUCCAUUAGAAGUGUGGGCCCCAUCACUCACCCUAGGGAGAGAUGGACCAGGGAUCAUCCUCAAAGAAGGAAAAGUUCCUAUUCUCAGGAAAGGCCUCGAAGCAGCCACCUCAGAUCCACAGAAACCAAUAUCGUCACAGUCAUCUAUGUCAGCUCAGUUCAGCCCCAGCAGACACAGAGUGACCACAACGCAUUUAGCCCAGAUGGACUCAGAGCUCAGUCUGCUUCACGGAGAUGUUGUCCUCGUCCACAGACCUCGACCUGAUGGACGGGUUCUGGUUACUCAAGAGAGCAGUGGGCAGACAGGCUUAUUCCACUGCAGUGUUCUUCAAGCCCUCGAGAGGCUCAGCUGACUGUGUAGUACUGCUGUCAUCGUGUAUAUUUCUAUAUUCCAUGUGUUCAAACUGCCAAAUGACUCGACUGACCUGCCAAACAGCAGAGAUGCGUGUAGAGGUCCAAAGGUUAAUACUGCCAAAUGAGAAUCCUUGGAAGGAGGUGUUUAUUUUCGUCCUGAGUGCAUAUGAGAGUGUGGUUAAAUUCUCCAGGAAAAUAUAGUGUGUCCUUCAACUUAUGUGCAUGUUUGUUACACAUGUACUAUUAUAACAUUUUGCACAAAAACCCAUCUAAUGACUGUUCCUUGUUCAAUACCCAUGUAACACACAUUGGUUAGUGCCUUUGUCAAAACCCACAAAGAAAACAAAUUAUAUUUAAGUAUAUUUAGAGAAAGUAUGAGGUAAAAUAUCUGUACUGCUUAUGUGGUAAUAAACUAUAC